AUGACGAACUUUGGCUUUUUGUUGGUAUUAUUAGUUAUUUAUCGAGUGGAAUGUUCUCAAGAAGCUAAUAAUUAUAUUUUAUUAAUUGCUCCACCUGAACGUGGUCAUUUAAAUCCAAUUCUCGAAUUAGCUAAACAAUUAACAUUUAAUGGAACUGAUAAUGAUACAGAAAUACUUGUUAGUGUGCCGUCCUAUGCUGAUGUUAAUGUU